GAUCUGGCGCGCAGCGAAAUAACGAUUUGUUAAUUUCAACAUAUUAAUAAUACUGUUACCUGGAUUAUUCAUUGUGUUUAUCUGUAGGUUUUUGGGUGAAUCCAAGCAAGUGAAAGCUUGGAUUUGUAGGAAAUAUUUGCGGGCUAGUUUGCUAACGCUAGAGUAGCUCGUUUGGGAGGCUGCAAUCGCGAUUUUAGUUCUUCAUUUCUGAAUAAUUACAAAUGAAUUACUGUCGUAAUUGGACUUCCCAGCAUGCUCGUUUCAUGUCGUAUAACAUUAGUCAAUAACAGCAAUAACUAGUAGAUCAUAUUUCCUGUUUGCUUGGGCAUACAGUCCAAACAUUGGCAAUGAACUCCAAACGUAACAACGGUGAUAACGGGGCGAGUAGGAUCAACUCAGUGUCGGAGCCAACAGCAACAAACAGCGCACAAGCGAGCACUUCCCUCCGUAAACAAACUAUAAUCAACUCGUCAAACAAGGGAGAGAAGGUUGAGUGCAUGCAAAACAUAACACGGGACAAAAGCAUGUCCAUCUCCACGCUCAGAAGUCGCCUCGGUCCGACCAUCCGGUCCACUCUGUCCGCUGCGGUGGACACACUGCUGGGCGAGAUAGUGACGGUGCUGUCCGAAACCCAGCGGGAACUGUUUUCCAAAGAGCAAGAGAACGAGAAACUAAAGGUCCGCCUCGAAGUCUCCGAGAGAGAGCUCAAAACGUUACAAGAAUGUCUGUGUAGCGCACAGAAAUUAAUCGAUCAGCUUCAAGGUCCCUUUGGCAACCCACCCAUGUCGGGUCAUCACAUCUACACCACAGCUGGACCCCUAAACUCGAGUCGGUUGACUCAUCGGAGUGCACCCGAGGCAGAUCCACGCUGUUUUGCUGGAGGUGAGCCGGAGUUGAGUGGGGCUCUGGGUGAUGCCAUACACGGCUUUGACGCCAGAGAGGAAUUCAAGAGCUGCCACCUCUCCAUUCAGGCGGAUGGAACGGUGACGAACAGUUUUUAUGACCCUAUAGCCGUCCAUUCAUCUAACAUCUGUUCAGACAUGAACCGAGCUGGUGAGAUGGUGGAAGACAGCAGAAGGCUCUCACACACUAGAGCACAAAAUCCCUCCACACACACUACCUUCUCUGUUAAAGAAGAACAGGGUCCUGUCUCUGGGCAGGUGUGUUUGCGGGGAAGAGAGCCACCCACAGCAACUGAGCACACUGCACAGAAUGUCUGUGAUCUGGCAUACACCCAUGUGGUCGAGGAACAAGGAAACUCCCGUUCACACCAUCAUCCUUCCAAACCGCCACCACCUCCCCACUCCAGGCCUCACAAUGGACCCUCCUCCAGUAGUUCACCUCCACCGGGGACCUCCGGGCUCAGAUCAGCCCAGAGAGAUGCCUCUGGGUUGAGUAUGACAGCCAGUAGGAGCCCUGGGGUGGGUGGCUCAUCUCCAGAAGAGCCCACACGGCGCUCCAUUUCUGAGCUAAUGGGAGAGGCACCUGGAGAACGCCCUCACUUGUGUUUAGAGUGCGGCAAGACAUUCCGUUUAAUCUCAAGCCUAAAAAAGCACUUGAGGAUCCACACGGGAGAGAAACCAUACCCUUGCACUGUGUGCGGGCGACGUUUCCGUGAGUCAGGAGCACUUAAGACUCAUCUUCGCAUCCAUACAGGUGAGAAACCAUAUUCCUGCUCCGAAUGUGGAACACAGUUUCGGCAUCUAGACGGCCUGCGGAAGCACCGGCGCACGCACACCGGUGAAAAACCGUAUGUGUGCAGCAUAUGUGGAAAACGUCUCAGCCGGCUGCAGCAUCUGAAGCACCACCAGCGCAUACACACAGGAGAGCGGCCAUGUUGCUGCCCGCUCUGCAACAGAGCCUUUAAAGAUCCGGCCAGCCUGAGGAAACACCUCCGUGCCCAUGAAGGGGAGCCUGGAGCAGAGGAAGCUGUGGCCAUGGCUGGUCUGGCAGAGGGGGAUGGAGGCUCGGUGGAUGAUGAGGAUAUGAGAUGAAGGUUUAACGAGCAAGCACACAAAGAAAGCUUCACAAAAGUGGUGCCCUCUACUGGAUGAAGGGAAAGACUGUUACUGUUCCUCAAGUGCUUCUUUGGUUUGUUUUCCUUCAAAGAUGGAGAAGCCAUUUCUGUGGUGGCCAUUGCACCAAUCUAUAAUGUGGCUUGUGAAUAAUGUUUUUUUGUUGUUUUUGUUUUUACCCACAGAAAGAUACUUUUUUUUUUUUUUUUUUUUUUUUUUUUAUAUCCAAAUGCCAUUUUGUACAUUGAAGUUGUAUAUACUGUACAUUGAACUGCAAUAGAUUUAGUCUUAAACAUUACAAGCCAGAAACUGAUAACUUCUGUGUGGAAAUGAUUCAUAACAAGUGUUUUAAUAACUCUGUUUAAAUGUUUCAUUUGUGUGCCAACAUGUGAUGUUGUAGAGGUUUUGUUGCAGUUUGAAUGUUGUGGUCCAACUCUAGUAAAGUUCAUCAAAAUGUGAUUGUUGUUACACCCCAUAAAACCUUAAGUGUGAAAAAAUUAA